AAAAGCAGAAAUAGCGCCAGGCACACAGAUCACGGACCUGGGGUCAAUCAAACUACCCGCCCCUACCCGCAGCUUCCUAGGUUGUCGAUUUUCACAGGUUCCACACGUGAUCGACAGUGGGAACACCAAAAGCCGUUAGUCGCUUUCUGCAAGCCAGUUCCGCCAGAAUGCCAGCUUGUGGCCGCAUAACAACGCUUGGUAGCUCUUGCAGCCCGCUGAUUGCAACUUUCCGAUCUUUGGGGCUGGACAUGCUCCUCGAGUGCUUAUAGUCGCCGCUGUACAAAGUCACCAUGCGCAUCCGGAAGCCAUUUGCUGGUGCCUUCGUAGCCCUUAUCUUCAUCAGCGCCGGCGCCGGCUUCUCCCCACCCGACUACAAGAUCCCCUCAUACAAGCAAUCGGAUAAAGCCUUGCACUUCAUCGCCUUCUUCUUACUCACACUAUGCUUCUACUGGAUACUAGAAACGAGUAGGAGGAAAGUCUUGCAGCUCACCUUUACCGUGUGCACGAUUGGUCUGGGAGUCGCGAGUGAGGUCGUACAAGGGCUGUUGCCUAUACAUCGCGAUUUUGAUUACUACGACAUCAUAGCCAACGUCCUCGGUUCGCUCCUCGCUCUCGGCCUAUGCAAUUGGUACCACAAACGCAUGCUCGAGCGCAAACGGGCUGCGCGCGGAUACACAGCCGUCGCUGGAGACGAGGAGCGAGAUAUUGAGUUGGGAGAGAAUCUCGAAGGGCAGGAGUCCGGUGUUGUCAGAACUACUGUGGACGAGGAGCUUGAAAGAUGGGACGAGAACGCCGAAGACUGGGAAACAACUGAACCCGAGCCGGCAAACGGGAAGAGUCUCGAGGAUGGUGGUGACUUGGGGGAAGGGAAGAAGCGGAAUGACUAAGUUGAUGAUUUCUACGAUAUACAGGACGAAGAAUUGGCUUGGAUCGGCGGAACGAAGCACAGAGUGCACUUCCUCAUCACAUUUGCAGUGACAUCUAGAUUGCAUACCAAAUGUGAACGUGAACUGAGCUCGGCCAUGAGGGCUGUACGCAUAGUCA